GUUCCUUCAUUUUAUAAGACUAUGAAGAAGCUCAGGGGGUUAAUACACUCAUUCUAUAUAUCUGGAAAGCUAAACGCAGAAAAUCACUGAAACCUUACCACCGAGCUUAAUAAAGUGAAGAAAGAAUUGAUUUUAUCUCAGAUUGAGCUACAAAACUUUUUAGUCAAGAUGAUGGAAACUGGAAAUCAAGCAGAAAAGCCUGACGACCAGUUCGGAAAUAACUGAGAGAAACUCCUUAAAGUAGAAGGGGAAGCAGAGUUCAAGAAAGGCAUGUCUUCCAGUUCCUUCCAGCAGGUUAAGAAAUUAGCCCUAGCAGUCAGUGAACAGAUUUUGAAUUUUGAGUAUGAUAGUAUUAAUACUAUUAAUGAUAUUAAGAAGGAUAAUUCAUGAUUUCUGAGAAUAUUGAUUCGAGAUUGACUCCUUAACUGGAGUAGGAAAGAGCAAGAAGCGUUUGCUGAAUACAUAGCCACAUUUUUAGUUCCUAAUCAUUUGAUGUAUCAAGAUUAUUACUCACAAGAAGGUGUGAAUAAUUUUUAUUCACUUCUUCAGCUCAUAGUUGGAAUCGACAUUCAGCAUAAUUUUCAGAAAAACCAGAUAUCAACUUAUUUUAAGAAAAGUUUUACAGUCGUGCUUUUCCAGAAGUUAUGAGAUACUUUCGAUGGCCAGCAGUUUGUCUCUGAGCAAUUUCAGAGUGUUUUUGAUCAAAUCGACCUAAAAAUUUUGGAGAAUCAGGAUUUGAACCAACUUUCUGAGGACGUUCAAAGAACACAGACUAUGGACAGCCAGUGGAGUAUUAGUAAGACAGGUGAAAAAUUAAAGCAGCUAAAAAAACUAAGAAGGAACAGCUUCUCAUCCUUCCCCCAGCUUGAUGUCGAAUCUCUCGUGUUCAGAAUCGAAGUAGAGAAAUGUCAGAAAUAAAAUAAGGAAAAGGAAAAAUUCUUUAAAAGGUGAGACCUUAAGAGAUCUGAUUCAUAAACCUCGAAAUGAUAGUAAAAUUUAUUCAAUUAUUUCAAAAUUUGAUCCAAAGAACCAACAGGAGAGCAAUGCAUCUCCAGAGAAAGUGCUUGAACAUUGCUCUGGAGUAAUUGGUCAGAUUUUGGAUCAGGUCUCUAAAAUUCCUCCAAAGCUGCCAUACGCGCUUAAAUGUAUUUUGUUCAUGAUCAGAUCGAAGAUUGACGAGUAUUUUGGAGAAAACAUAUCAGAAGACCACCCUGUAGUCCGGACUGGGUUCAUAUCUUUGAUAUACAAGACAUGGAUUGGCAGAUGAUUGUUCAAGACUCCAUUUAACCAGUCUUUGCUUGGUUCUUAUCCCACAAAAGGACUAGAGAUUAUCUUUGAUCAAAUUAACUUGUUGACCAACCACAUUUUGGACCAUAAAACUUCAAUAUUCGGAGAGAAUAACCCUAUAUUUGACUUUUUUGAAGAUGAUAAAUAUCAGCAUUUUGGUUCUCAGCUUAUAUACGCCAUUUGUGACUUGGAGGUGCAGAAGUAUGAGCAACCAAAGUCGAGCAUUGGGCUGAAAACAGAUGUUUGAAUAAGCAAAGGUCUUGUAUACCGAAUUUGAGAGAGCAUACUUAGAAACAGUGACGAGGUCGAAGGCAAGCAAGAAAGGGCACUUAUUGAGAGCAUCCAGUACCUUAACGAGCACGAGUCUCUUCUUCUGCAAAUUGCAGGAGUGAAAGACAAAGAGAUUAAAGUACGGGCUAAUUGCAGCAAACUGGCUCCCUCAACUAGAGAUUCCACACAGGUCGGAUUCGAGUCAACCUCCAAGAAUCAUAGUGUUAUUAAUUUGGAUAACUAUGAAGAAAUUGAGACUGAUUAUGUUGAAAAUCCAGAGGAAUUUGAGAAGGCUGAUGAUUUUGAUAUGAUUAUGGCUGACCUUUACAAUCAGUUUUACAUAUUCCUUCAAGAGGGUUCCGAUACUGAAGAAUCUGGGAUGAAGAUACUGACAGCAAAGUACAUCAAGCUUAUGAAACCUCUAUCAAAGCAACUUGAAGAUGAUCCUAAAAAUAAAGAAACCAAAAUUGAGUUAGAAAGGCUAAGAUUUGAGAAAACAAUAAUCCAAUUUUUGUUUGACUGUGAAGAAUUUGACAAAAACCUAUUUAGUAAAACCGAUGAUCAAGACUUCCUAGAAUCGAUGUUAAUACAUGUAAAGUAUAAAUCUUUCCAAGAUCGGACACCUGGAGUUGAACUGCGUCAUUUUGAGCUUCAACGUAAAAUUUUAAAGACCAGCUUCAGGGAAGCUGAGCUUACUAAUGAAACUGCGAUUGAAAUAAUCAAAUCAAUAACCAAUGAUGUUUCACGAAAGCUUGAAGAAUCAAAGCUAAACUCUGAAGAUAAAAUAUUAAAGCUUGGGUAUAGAAUACAAGAGAUGCAAGCUGCUAUAGAUCGGAAUAACGCAAAAAUCAGCAAAAUUAAAGAAAUUGAAGAUAAUUUAAAUAUUAAUGCUGUUCUUGAUAAAAUUGAGCUUGAUUUAUGAAUCAUUCUUGAGCAUAAAUCUGGCUAUGAGGAUACAUACCAAAGUGUUCAAGUGGAGAAGAAAGUGGACUGAUCUUACUGAAACAAGGCGAAGUUUAUAUCUGUAGAUGAUUCGAAGCAGAAGGUGAAACCCCGAGGAUUCUUUUCAAAGUUAUUAACUCCAUUUAAGCCAAAAUAAGAGAAAGUUUAGUGAAAUUACAGAAAAAAUAAGUUACGACCAUAAGAUAGUAACAACUGUGGAAGAGUUUUGACAGGAAUUUUCAAAAUAUCCCAUUCAAAGAAAAUUGAGAACUUUGAGUAGUUUGAAUCUGCAGUCAUUGAAAGAAGUGCAAAACUUACAAAACUGUUAUACAAAAUUUUUACUCUCCGUUUCAACAUCACUGUCGGAAGUGUAUCAAGGUCAGCAAGCAUCAAAGAUGAUCUUCCCUUUGAAUGAUUACGUUACAAGGAAAUAUUUUCCGUGACCAGGUUCAUCUCUUAUAUCGCGUUCAUCAAUCAGUCAAAAGUUGCAAGAGCUAGGUGACUUAAAUACUUACUUAAAGUCGAUAUUUUCAAUGUAUAACUCUCAAGAGGCCAUAUCUGUUCCUUUAUCUUUUAGCACACACAACACUGGGAGUCAAUCCUUUGUAAUGAACCAGAAAAAUCUAGAAGAAGUAAUUGCUAGCAGUGGGUUAGAAUUUGACUUGACACGGUUAAAGAUUGAAGUGAGUUACCUAGAAAUUUUUGCUUACUAUGAUGGUCGUUGAGGAGACGAUGAAGAUGUGGGCAUGCAAGUUGAUGGAUGCAAAGUGCUGCUUAGUGAUGUUAAAAGUUGGAUUAAAGUCAUGGAGGAACAAUAA